CACCAUACAGCCAGAGUAUUCCAACGUUUGUUAGACAACACAUGAACCAAAUCAUAAGUAACAGCUCCUACACUUGCUGAUACAACCGUUCCAAAACCUCUAGCAUGAAGCUGUUCACCACUACAUCCACCCUGGUGAUCCUGGUGGUGUUGGGGAUAAGUCUGGAGAUGGUGACCGCUGAGGACUGUGACCUGCCAUCCUGUGUAGUCAUCUCUGGGCAGGAAGUUCGCUGCAAGAACCCUUACGCCUGGUUCGAAUAUCACCCUCACCCAACCAAUCCUAACUUGUACGUACAGUGCACAAGGUAUGGCCCUCAGGUUAUGAGCUGUCCUGAGAGUUUGAUCUGGUCCCAGUCGUCCAGACUGUGCAACUAUGACAAUAAGCCCAUUCCUAAAAACUGUAACUGCAACAACUGCUUCCUGCCAAACCCCGCUGAUGCUACUACCUACUACUGGUGCUUCGAUUCGAACGGUGAUGGAGUAAUAACACCCCACGAGCAAGCCUGCGCCCCCGGCACCACCUAUAAUCAGGCCAUCAAGCGAUGCACUUAAACUGAGCCUCCACCACCAUCUGCGCCACCCAGGAACACCUGGUGGAUAUGAUGACGAUGACUAUCUGGAAGAGCAGCAACAAAAAACAAGAGUCAGGGAAACGACAAGAACAAAAACAACAACAAAAGGCAGAAAAAACAAGAAUCAGAGGAUCUUUCCCAGCUAUAACAAAUACAGGAUUUACCAAUACCAAGAACGACAACAAAUACAAUAACAAUGAACCGUAAUAACAAGCACAACCAAAACAUCAACAAGUUUAAAUGUCAGCCACAACAACAACAAUGGCAACAAAAACAGCAAUGGCAACAAGUACAAGAGCAACAACAACAACAACAACAACAACAAUACCAGUGGCCAUAACAAAAAUCCAUUUCGCUGGAUAGGAAUUAGCUUGACAGUGUACACAACAAUGACUGGCUUGUGUUGACACCCUCCACACACACCUGCUGCCUCUACACACCUGCUGCCUCUACACACACCUGCUCUUACACACCUGUUGACUCCACACAUCUGCUGAUACGUACAUAUUUUCGAUUUUUUCAUUGCUUCUAUUCUUAUUAAUAUCUGUUGUUCUCUAUUCAUUAUUAAUAUUCUUUUUUGAUCAUUCAGUAAAAUAGUUUCAUUUACAGUGUAAUUAUGUAAACCGCUGUAAAUGGGCCCUUUUUCACCUUACACAUUAUAUCUAAGGCAUAUAAUUUACAUAUUUCGAAGAGGUAAGAUUUACAACUGGCUUUUACUUGAACAAAAUAUGUUAACAAAUAAUCAUAAAUGUGUUCACAUAAUCAGUUUUUCAGUCAAAUGUAAAUAAAUUUAUAUAAUUUAUUGCCUAAUUGGUUUUCUUUCACAAAUAAAAAGCAAAUAAAAAAUACUCUAUUUUUCGAA